GAGGCGCUGCAGCAGAAAGUUGUGAAGUUCGCCGGGUUCUCCAGCUGUGACUGGCAGUUCCAGCAGAGGCAUGCAUGAAACAGGGAGGUGACCAGCAGCAGAAUAGCUCCUCUAUAUGAACGCCCCUCACGCUCAUGUGAAUCACAUUUUCCACCUUCAGCUCGGCUCGCUGUGCACGCUCUCCCCGGGCCCGAGGACGCACGAACCCAAAACUUUUCUUCCUCGCUCCGUCCGAGCAGCUCCGAGCCGGGAGGAUCAAGAACUGUCGACAGAAACGGAAACUUUCGGGAGGACCAUGAAAGCAACCGACGCGCUGCCAUGUUUAAUCAUCCCAUCUGAUCGGAGCGCGUGAGAUCCAGUCAUCGCUGGUUGUCGGACACGGAGCAGAUCAUGGAUGUCCAGGUGCUUCUGUGGCUGGUUUACUGCUUCCUGCUGCCCUCCACCCUGUUGACAGCUUGUCUUUUUCGAUUUAACUUGCUGUCGCUGGUUUACUUUCUUUAUCUUCUGCUGCUACCAUGGUUCCUGUUUCCCAACAAAUACACCAUCAAAGGUCACACAGGUCGGUUUAUCAAAACCGUAUUCUGCACCAGUCUCCUGUUCGUACUGUCUCAUAUCUGUUUCCAGACAGUGCUGCACACGUACCCUCCUCUGGACCUCGCUAUAGGCGAUAAUUGUUCACAAUGGGAUACCAUAAGCAGGCACAUAGGGUUAUCCAGGCUUCCCUUAGAGGAUCCAUGGAAUGUUGUUCGUCUUUUAAGUCCAGACGUAGGUGUGUGUGUGGUGUCCCUGGUGACGAUUGUCCUCUGCAGCAGACUGAUCAGGAACAGAGAGAUGGUGGCCGCUGCCAACAUUACAUCGCUAGAAGAUUAUUAUGCAGAUAAAACAUCAGAUGUCGAGGAUGAUGAAGAGUCAUCAGGUGAUAAUGAUGAUGAAGCUGAGGAGGAGGAGGAGGAAGAAGAAGAGGAAGAGGAGGAGAGGUCAUUUCACGGUGACCCUGAGGAGGUUUCUCCAGCGUCCAGAGCCAAGAAGCUGGCUGAGCGUCUAAAAGCCACGGCCCAGAAGGUUCUGUGUGACCUGGGGAGGAUCCUGGCUGUCAGCCUGCUGGGUCUGGCUGCUCAAGCCUACUCCUUCCAAGCCACGCCUCCCUUGUUUAUCACAACAAUCAGCCCUGGUUCCACUCACCUGCUUCAGCUCAUCUAG